AUCGUCUGGUUUAGGCUUAGCUUUUUGUGCUGUUGCUACGGUAACACCUGGAUUCCUUAUUAAUGAGAACCGAAUGAUGAGCAUCUUUUACUUUAUCUAUAAGGAGUCUGGAUCUGACUCAUGGUCAACAAAGACUUACCUAGCUGAUGAUGAGGAGCUCGAUACGAAUGGAUUCAUUCAGCUUUCAAUGCUAGAUGUGCAGUUGGAAAGCCUACUUACUCUUGUUCUUGGUGGAUUCGGUUGGUUGGUUCUUUUGUCAAAUACCAGGAAAACAGCGCCAAUUCCACUGAUGUGUUUGACAGGGGGAAUAUUUCUACUAGUUGCAGCGACAACUGAGUUUGCUGUUCUGCUUCGCUUUAUAGCUGUUAAUACUAGCGAAAUCGCCUUAGUAUCAAAAUUCAAAAAAAGUUACGAUAGCCUCGAGCGACCGAAUGUCGAGGUUCCGAUCUCCCUUAUUCUUGCUGGCUUUGGUAAUACCUAUAUUCUUAUUGCUGUGGUAAGAAUUUUUAUUCGCAUCAAGAGAUACCAAUUAACCACCGAAAAUCAUCAUCAGAUGUCAAAUAACCCUUGGAUUCAGGAUCGAUUCUCAACACUUGCCGAAUGAAAACGAGAGAUGUAACACAGAUGUCAGGGUUCAAGGAUAAAAAAAAACCACAUAAACUUUUAUUCCAUAAAUAACAUAUGUAGCAGUAUUUCACAAAGCUUUCUAUUCAAAUAGGUUGACCUAGCUAAUUCAUAUUUUCCAGGUAAAGUAGGAAAAUUUUGUAGGAUUUUGAAACAUUUUGAAAAAAAAGUAUUUGCAAAGUCUAUUAUAAGAUCAGACACAAAACAAAUUCGCAUAUCAAAGCACUAGAGAAAACUUACGAUUUCUUUAUAUUUUAGUUAUUGAUUAUUUUUAAAAAUCGGCCAAAAGAUAUAGCGUAAUCCAAAUUUUUGUGUUAUUAUUCUUUAUGUUGAACGUCAAACUUAAAAACUAAAAAAUGUAAAGUUCAAUACGAAUUAAGUCUAAGGUUCAAUGACAUUACACAAAAUCUUGGUAUAUAUUAAAACAUCUCUUAUUCUAUGAAGUUGUCUUUCGUACAAUGUAGUAUAAAGAUGAAUCACACAUUUAUGGAAUCACUGUCAGUCUGUUUGGUGUGCAUGGGCAUCAACUACAGUUUGAAUUGUCGAAUAAUUUGCAUAACAUUCGAUGGCAGUUGUGCAUAAAUUAUCUCACGUAUAAACUGUCGUUGAUGUCAGAGACAAAGACAGCUGAGAGAGACUGAUAAUUAUGUAAAAUAGGCACUGACUUUUCACAUGGCGAAUAUUACAUUCAGUUACAAUUAUCGAGUAAUAAACACGCCUGACUUUCAAAUAGUCAUCACAUGGAAAACAGUUGGAAAUAUAUUGUAUUUUUUAUUUCUAUCAGAACAUGUAUCAUUGAUUAAAUUAACACUGUCUCAUUUUUCCAACUACAUGUAUAAAUCCUGAGUGCUGAUAAGUGCGCUUGCAAAAUAUAAAAUAUCGGCAAUCACAAUUCGUACAUUUUUUUUUUUAUGUUUGAUGUGUCAUCUUUUUGCUGUAUAUUUCAUGUCUAUGUAUUUUUGCAUAUAUUGUUUUAAAUUUAAAGGAUCAGUAUAUUGAUAUAUAUUGUGCCAAUACUUUUUGGUCUGAUCCCCUAUCAUGUUAUGUAUAUGUAGGACUCCCAAGUGCGUAGGGACUGAAAAGUCCGAUGGUCACGCCAAAGUCCGAUGGUCUGCGCCAAACCGCGAUGGUUCGACACGCCAAAGUCCGAUGUUGCGGAAAGCAAAAGAAAGUUUAUGGCGUCAUAGUACUACUGCUCCAUAUUGCAAUGCUGCGCCAAGUCAAGAUCUUAAAUGAAUACCUAUAAAAUCACAUGCGAGGAUUAACCCUUAUCUCUCGCAUAGGGGCAAAACUAACCCUAAUCGAAAAGUGUGGUAACAAGUAUAACAAUUUGAAAGAUAAUCUCCGGUGGUUGCAAUACUAACUAAUCAAAAAAUUAGUGCGCGAGGACUAUAAUCCUUAACUUAUCGGGUUGGUGCAAAGUUUUCUUAUUAUCAGUCCAAUAGUGUGUAAGGACUAUCCGUAAUCUGCCAAGUGGUGUGCAAGGACUAAUCCUAAUAUCUUUGCUGGAUGCAAAAUUAGUAAAAUUGAUGCGAGAACGAAUGCCGACAUGAUGUCUUUUGAAUACAGAAGAGCGGUCUCAAGGAUUGACGUCAGAUUAUUGUAACGUCAUAACGUUGAUUGUGUCUACGCACGAUCGGACUUUGGUGUGUAAGUCUCAGACCAUCGCACUUUAGCGCAGCGCGUCCGUACCGACAACAAACCAUCGGGGUUUGGAGCAGACCAUUGGACUUAAGGCGUCACAAUCGGACUUUAGAGUCUUACAUAUAUAUUUUUUUUUAUUUUGGUAAUUUCUAAUAAAUACUGUAUUUUA